ACGAAUGAAAGUUGGGUUAUACUGUGGGGAGAAAAAGCGAAUUAAAUAUUUACUUGCAUUUAUAAUUAUCGCGUUAUUAUUUUCCGUUAUCAAGUGCAUGUGUAUAUAAAUAAAAAAUUUAAAAAAAUAAAAAAAAAUGGCUAAUCCAGCACAUUCUGAUAUAAUCGAAGAAGACGCAGCUGAUUUACAAUUUCCUAAAGAUUCUGAAAUGCGUGUGAUAAAUAUCGAGCCAGAUAAAUCAGUUAUAAAGGAUGAAAAUUUAACUUUAGACUCGAUUUGUCGUGGUUGCAAUUCAGAAUUGUCUGAGCCAUACAUUAAAUGUUCGAUAUGCAGUCACACAAUCUGCUCAUUAUGUUUUUCCAAUGGUUGGGAAGCUGGUGAGCAUGAAAAUAAUCAUGAUUAUCUGGUUAUUACCAAUGACUUUCCGUUGAAUGAACAGUCAGGCUGGUCAGCGCAAGAGGAAUUAUUAUUAUUUGCCGCUUUAAAAGUAUGUGGUUAUGGUAACUGGGCAGACAUCGCUAAAAGAUUACCAGGAAGAUUGCCAGAAGAAGUAGAAGCCCACUAUUUAAAGUAUUACAUUGACGAGCCAUCUUUACCCGGAUUACCAAAACUUGAAUCAUCAGUUGCCACCACCGAGACAAUAUUUUUCACAUGCAAGCUCCAUGACGUUGAAGAACCACCAAGAUUUAAACCCAAUUCGUUGAACAGCCGAGCACUGGCUGGCUACAAUGCAGCGCGCUCUGAUUUUGAAGUUAACUUUGAUAAUCAUGCGGAAUUAAUGAUUUCCAAGUUGAAGUACAACGAAUUCAGUGAAGAAGAUGACGAAGAUUAUGAACUGGGAUCGAGUCUCCAGGUUGCCAUCAUCGAAGGAUACAACAGCAGACUCAGAGAACGGGAGAGACGUAAAAAUAUAAUACGCGAGCAUGGUCUGAUUGCUGUGAGACGCACGAUGUUGUGGUUGCAGAGAUACGACCGGACGAUAACUAUUCCAGUCGCUGAAAAAAUUUUAAAAAUAAUGCAGUUGGUAAAUGGACUUGACUUGGAUUAUAUAAUGGAGUGCCUGCAUCACGCGGGAGAAAUUAAAAAUUACAUUAAGAAGUUGCAUGAGUUUCGAAAGAAUGGUUUGAAAAAUUUUUACAGCAUUACGAUGUACCAGAAAUUGAGAAAACUAAGACGUGAGCACGAGAAAGAUAAACGCUUGUAUGUCAUUAACAUUGAGCAAUCUUUCAAAAAUUUGUUGAAUGGCAAUAAUUUGAGUGCUGGGAAUAAUAGUUCAGUUGGCAACGUUUGUCAGCGUAAAAAACCACCGCCGUUGGAAAUAGAAGGGGCGCCUUGUUAUGAUAAACUUGAUGAUGCUGAGAGAGAGCUUUGUUCUAAUGUACGCAUCCUGCCGGAAAGUUAUCUUGAGUUCAAAAAUUUAUUGAUAAGUGAAAACAAAAAAAUGGGACACUUGAAACUCGCUCAGGCACGGACCUUAUUGAAAAUAGACGUUAAUAAAACGAGAAAAAUAUUUGACUUUUUAGCACAGCUCGGUUAUAUUACAAAACAUCAAUAAUUUAUUUAUUUUUAUUUUUUUAAGAAUUUGAAAACGCUGAAACGCUGUUGAUAUCGGAAGUUCAACUGCUGCUCCAGCACAGAAAAGCGCAGAACGAGUUGGCUGAAG